GUAGUCUGAUGGCCACGUGAUCAUAAAAAGUUAUAAAUACAGGUGCCACAGACGCCUGUUUCUUUGACACACAAGCGGAGUGAGGAGAGACAUGGCGUCGACAAGCCGUGGAGAUGGCCUGACCCUUCCCAGAGUGACAUGUCCCAACCACCCAGAUGCCAUACUGGUGGAGGACUACAGAGCAGGGGACAUGAUCUGCCCUGAAUGUGGCCUUGUAGUCGGUGAUCGUGUCAUCGAUGUCGGCUCAGAGUGGAGAACGUUUUCAAAUGAGAAAGCUCUCAAAGAUCCAUCCAGAGUGGGAGACGCCCAAAACCCGCUGCUCAAUGGAGGAGACCUCACCACCAUGAUCAGCAAGGGAACCGGUGCAGCUAGCUUUGAUGAAUUCGGUAACUCCAAGUACCAGAACAGGCGAACCAUGAGCAGCUCUGACCGGGCCAUGCUCAAUGCUUUCAAAGAAAUCAGCACCAUGGCCGACCGCAUCAACCUGCCCAGGAACAUCAUAGACAGAACAAACAACUUAUUCAAGCAGGUUUAUGAACAGAAGAGUCUAAAGGGACGAGCUAAUGAUGCCAUUGCUUCAGCCUGCCUCUACAUCGCUUGCAGACAAGAAGGCGUACCAAGAACAUUCAAAGAGAUCUGCGCUGUCUCCCGGAUCUCUAAGAAGGAGAUCGGCAGGUGUUUCAAGCUAAUCCUGAAGGCCUUGGAGACCAGCGUGGACCUCAUCACCACUGGAGACUUCAUGUCCCGCUUCUGCUCCAACCUCGGUCUGCCCAAACAGGUGCAGAUGGCGGCCACCUUCAUCGCCAGGAAGGCCGUGGAGCUGGACCUGGUGCCGGGCAGGAGCCCGAUCUCUGUGGCCGCAGCUGCGAUCUACAUGGCCUCUCAGGCCUCUGCCGAGAAGAAGACCCAGAAAGAAAUCGGGGACAUCGCCGGUGUCGCAGACGUUACGAUCAGACAGUCGUAUCGACUCAUCUACCCGCGCGCCGCAGAACUCUUCCCUCCAGAUUUCAAAUUUGACACACCUGUCGAUAAGCUGCCCCAACUGUGAGGAAGACGCUCUUUACUCAGUGACGAUAUUUUUCUGCUGUACUUACGGGAUUGUACUCUUCUUUCUUUUUAAAAAAAAUCAUAUUUGUGUUGGAUUUGGAAGAUUUCUCCUGUCUCUCAUAAGACUGGGAGCCUUUGUAAAGGCAGAAAACAGACGGACACAUUCCAGUGCUUAAACAGCUGGCAGACUGCGCAGACUACAGUAUUUGAUUUAUGUGUGUGUAUACUGUACCAUGUAUAUAUGUCACAGUUGGAAAUGUAACUGAUGCUUGCAAUUUUAGGCUGGUUUCAUACUGUACACAUAAAACCUUUUGUUUUUGUAGAAAAGGACCAGGUUCUAUUUUGUUAGUUUGUUUGAAUUGUUUCAAGUAAUUUAAAAAAAUAAAAGAUUUUCAUUAAAGCAUUGCAACAA